UGAACGUCACAGACCGUAAAGUCUCGUUUUAGCAUAUGAACUAACGGGUGGACCAGAAGAAAUUGCCGGCUUUUGAGAGGCCGUUUUCUCAAGUUAGACUGAAUGAGAAAGUUUCGUUCUGAUGUCAAAAGAUAGAGAAUUUUGUGUAGAUUUUAUUGAUAUUUUCUUUGCGAAAUAAGUAUUUGUCCUUCUCUUGUAGCAUUAAAGGUAUUCGAUACCACAAAAACAGCAUUUGCUCAACUGCAAAAUGAGACACUUUUAAACCUAAAAUUUUUGCUCGGUUAAUUAUAGUUCAAAAAUUUCUUCUUGUUACUAAUCGAUGCCGAAUUUUUCGAUGUAUCUAGUGGUGUCUUUAUUUUUUUAAGCUUAAUUGUUUCUGCUUCAAAAACCACAAAGUAUUAAGAAAAUACUUUGGGUUAACAGAAUCGUACUGUUCGUUGCCAAUUUUCUCCGAACUCGGUUUUACAAAAACUACUCUUUUUAUAUCAAAAGAUGUAGAAUUUCAAGCUCUACAAAAUGCUCUUCAUUAUUAAGAGCUGAAUUCCUUUUCUAAACUAAUGAUGAGGCUGAGAUCUUUCGCCAGCAAUAAAAAGGUACCAAAACUGUACAAUUAGGCAUUUUUUGCAAGCAGCUUUUCUAAUGAUGAAACUUUGUCUCCAAAUUUGGUAUUGGAUCUUAAAAAUAGAUAAGCCUCCGUACUUUAUGAUAUCGCAUUUGAAUAGCGUAUGUACGUAGAAUCAUUUAACAAAGAAAACUAACCCUUUAUUCCAGUAAAAUGCUGAGCAAAUGAUGUUUUUGUGGUAUCGAAUACCUUUAAUGCUACAAGAGAAUGACAAAUACUUAUUUCGCAAAGAACAUAUCAAUAAAAUCUACACAAAAGUUCUCUAUCUUUUGACAUCAGAACGAAACUUUCUCAUCCAGUCUAACUUGAGAAAACGGCCUCUCAAAAGCCGGCAAUUUCUUUUGGCUCACCCGUUAUUUCCUUAUUGCAUUCCUGAAAGAUUAAGCAUAGUGUGAAAUGUGUCCUGCACCAAAAUAGAUAGCAUAAAACAAUCCCCCCUAUGAUUAUCAGAAGCAGCAGAUUAGAUCGUGUUUCACAUUUUAAUCCUGCUUGAAUUGUACCAACAAUUUUAAUAUAAUAAUAUAAAUUUAUUUUCGAAGAUGUUUGUCAAGAAAAAAAUUCUAUUGAAGAUAAUCUUCGAGCUAAAUUUGAACAUGAAAUAAAAUUAAAAUUAGAUGAUUUACGUCGAACAUUUGAAAAAGAAUAUAAUGAUAAAAUUUUAUAUUAUAAAAAUAAUUAUGAACAAGAUAAUCAAAUAUUUAAAACAAAAUAUAAUCAAGAUUUAGAACAACAAUCAAAAGAAUUCAAUCAAGAUAUUGAACGAAUGAAAAUUAAUCAUGAAAAAAUGAUUAAUGAAUUAAAUAUUGAACUUGAUCGACUUCGAGCUAAUGAUGAUGCAAAAAAUCGUUUAAUCUAUGUUGAAAAAGAAUUUGAACAACUUAAACAUGAUUAUUCUGAUUUAAAUUUAAAACAAAAAGAAUUAAUAAAUACAUGUAAAACACUUGAAGAUGAAAAUCAAAAUUUAUUACAAACAAUUGAACAACUUGAUCAUGAAAAAUUUCAAUUAAAAGAAAAUUUUGAAAAAACUGAAGAAAAAUUAUCAAAUGAAAUUAUACAAUUAAAUGAAUUAAUUGAAAAACAAAAACAAGAAUUAAAUUAUUCAUCAAAACAAACAGAUGAUGUACAUAUAGAUUUAAAACAAAAUCUUGAAUCAUUACAAACACGUAUACAUAAUUAUGAAAAUGCUGUUAGUCAAUAUGAAGAAUAUCGUUUAAAAUUAGAAAAUAAUUUACAAAAAAUAACACAACAACGUGAUACAAAUAAAAUGGAUUUAAGAUUAACAAAAGAAAUAUUAAUUAAUAAAGAAAAUGAAUUUAAUCAAAUGAAAUUAAAUUUUGAUGAAAUAGAAAAAACUUUACAAAUUUAUAAAGAACGUUCAUUACAACAUGAAACAACAAUUAAUAAUUUACAAAAACAAAUUCAACAAUAUGAACAACAAAUUUUAGAUUUAAAUCAAACAAAAUUACAGGAUAUACAGGAAAAAGAAAUAACCUAUCAUGAAAAACUUUUAUCACUUGAAACAGAAAAAACACAAAUUGAACAACGUUUACAAGAAGCAAAUCGUGCACUUAAUUUAGCUGAUUCACAUUUACAACAAGAAAUUGAAAAAAUAAAAUUAAGUCUUGAACAAGAAUAUAAUCGACGUUAUGAAAAUGAUUAUAAACAACAUCAAUAUGAUUUAAAUCAAUUACGACAACAAUUAACAAAUGAAUUUGAAAAACAAAAAUUAAUUACUACACCUAUUAUUCAAACAAAUACAUCCAUACAAGAUAUUGAAGAAAUUAAAAAAAUGUAUCGAAUAGAAAUUGAUCGAUUAUAUCGUGAAAAUAUUGAAUUAAGUCAAAAUCAAGCUAAACUUAUUGAUACACAUCAAAAACAAAUGAAUAUUAUGAAAAAAGAUUUAGAUGAUGGUUAUAAUAAUAUUAUUAAUGAAUUUCAACAUGAACAAACACGUUUACAACAACGUUGUGAACAAUUAAAACAACAAUUUAAUGAAUCACAACAAAUAAUUGAACAAUUAAAAAAAAAUCAUUUUGAUGAUAUUACAAAACUUAAAGAAAAAUAUACAUUAGAACAAGAUAAUAGAAAUAGACAAGAAAAUUUACAAAAUCGUGUUGAUCAUCUUGUUAUAUUACUCGAACAAUCAAAUGAUACGUUGAAUCAAGAACGGACAUUACAUACUAAACAAGAAAAUGAAUAUCAACAAACAAUUUCAUCAUUACAAAAAAAAAUAGCUGAUAUGAUAAAACAACAUACAAAAGUAAUGGAUGAAAUUAAACAUGAACUUCAUCAAGAACGUUUAUCUUCUCAAAAACAUUUAACAACACGACCAAUAUGUGUACCAGAAUAUGUUCAAACAGAUUUAGCAGUAAAUGAUAUUAAAUCAGAUUAUAUGGCAACUGUUGAAAAAUUACGAGAAUUAUUUACAAUUGAAAUGCUUGCUCUUUUACGACUCACAUGCAAGAUGAUUUUCGAUGUUCAUCAUCGAGUGGGAAUAGCUCAUUAUAUGGACAAUCUCGAAAUUUCAAUAAAAAAACAAAUACAAAAUGAAUUAAUACGAAGUCGUAAUUCAAUGAUUAAAGAAAUUCGUCGUGAAUUAUUUGAAAAAAUGACACAUGCUAUGAAAAGUCAAGGAGUACCAGAUACAACAAUUGAUAUGCAUGUAUUUGAAUUAGAUCGUCUUCUAUCACAAAUGGCUCAAGAUUGUUUAGAUUCAUUAAGUUCAUCUUCAUCAACAUCAUCAUCAAUAUAUUCAACAAUAUCAUCAUCAUCAAAUUCAACAUUAAUAACACCAAUACGUCAAAUAACUAAUCGUACAAUAAUAUAUGAUUCUUCUUUAACAUCAACAUUAACAAAAUCUAAAACAUUAGAAAAUAAUUCUACACCAUUAAGAAAAUCAACUGAAUGUUUACAUAUAACACCAAAACAUAUUGCACCAUUAGCUCCACAUUGUCAUAUAACACUUGAUAAUGAUCGUCGUCCAAAAUCAGCAUCAACUAUAUUAUUAGCUAGUCAAAAUUCAACAACACCAACAAUAUUAUCACCACGUACACAUAAAUUUCAACGUCCCAUACAACAAAAAAAUUUUAAAAUGAAAAUGUAUCGUAGUGAAGAUGAUAUUAUGUUAGCUAUACAACGUCAUGAUGAACGACAAGAACAAAAAUCUGAUUUAGAUGAUAAUGAUGAUGGUACAAUAACAUUAUGUGAACAUGAUAUUGAAGAAAAACAACAUCAACAACCAAAUGUUCGUGCAUUAGCAAGACAAUUUGAACAAAAAACAAAUAUAUUACCUGAUAAUAAUCGUAUGAAAUUAAAAAUUUCUGAUAAUAAUAAUCAUCAUCAUCAAACAAUACAUUAUGCAACAGCACGAACAAUUAUUAAUGAACAACAAGAAGAUAAUAAUAAUGAAGAUGAUGAUGAUGAAUUAACAUGGCCACAACAACAACAACAACAACAACAGCAACAACAACAACAAACAUCAACACAUAGUGGAAUUAAAAAAUUUGUACGUCAUAGUUUAAAACUAUUUACUACGCAAUCACAACAACAACAACAACAACAACAAAAUAAAAAAAUAGGAAAAUAA